AUGGAACAUUUAAUUUUAGAAGAGAAAUACAAAAAUCUUUUGAAUAAAUCUAAUUAUGAAAAAAAAAUUCUUAAAAAAGAAACAGAAGCUCUUAAGAAAAAAUUAGAGAAUUUAGAAUGUGCAUAUAUAGAAAUAGAAAAUAAAACAACAGAAAUUCUUAAAGAAAGAGAAAAACUUGAAGACAAUAUAUAUAAAAUAAAAAAUGAAAAUUUAGAUUUAAAAGAAGAAAUUUCUACAUUAAAUGAAAGAGUAGAAGAUUUAAAAAAUUUAUCUAAAACAUAUAAAAAAAUGAUAAAAAGUAGAAAUAAAGAACUGUUGCAAUCAGAAAAUCUAAUAGCAGAAAAUAUUAACUUAAAAAAUAAUAUAGAAAUUAUAAACAAUGAAAAAGUAAAUUUAGAAUCAGAACUAAAAAAAAAAAAAAAAAUUAUAAAUAUCAUUAAGGAUAAAUACAAAAAAAACAUAGAAAAUUUACUAAAUAAGUUCAAAGAAAAGGAUAGACAUAUUUAUGAAUUCCAAAACUUUAUAGUUAAUGAGUUAACUAAUUUAAAAAUGGCCAUUUUACGAGAAAAUGAAAACAAUUAUUAUAAUGAGAAUAAUAAUAAUGAAGAAAUAACGAAUAAUAAAUUUAUGAAUAUAAGCAUUCAAUUAGAUAUAUUAACAAAAAAAUUAGAAGAUAAAAUGACGAUAUCUAAAACGGAAUAA